GCUGGCGCCGCCGACGCAUCAACGGACACGCAACUGGAGCUUGCUGCCCUCGUCCACAGACUGCCUUGUUCCAGCCAUCCAGAAUGUCUUACGGCGGCAGGCAGCUGGCCUACGCGCCGACGCCUUACAUCCCGCGCUCCAACCUCUCCGCGACCAUCAACCUUGAUGAGGAAGUCAAACUGUCUGCAACCAAUGCAGAGCGCGACUUGAACGACUCGCUGGCCGAGAUCUACAGCAUCAUCAUCACGCUCGAUGCCAUAGAGAAGGCCUACCUGAAGGACUCCAUCGCCGAAGCCGACUACACCGAGACAUGCAACCGGUUGAUGAAGCAGUACAAGUCCAAUCUUGCCAAUGAGACGGUCGCGCAAGCAUUUGGCACUCUGGACCAGUUUGCGAAAGAGUGGCAGAUGGAAUGUCCCCGAGCCAUCGAGCGACUACGCGUUGGCAUACCCGCGACUAUCGAACAAGGUCCAUCGAGACCAACUCAGGGAGGCGACUUUGCUGAUGCGACGCUCGUCGUCAACGCGACCGAGACUUUCAUCACUCUGCUCGAUGCCAUCAAGAUUGGGCUGGUAGAGAAGGACACAUUGCAUCCUCUGCUUGUCGAGAUCAUACAAGCUGUCAACAAGGUCACGGACGUCGAUUUCGAGAGCAAAGGCAAGAUUGUGCAGUGGUUGAUUACCCUGAACCAGAUGCGGGCGGCCGAGAAGUUGAGCGACGAGCAGGCGCGCGAGUUCCAAUUUGACAUGGACUCGGCCUACUAUGGCUUCAAGACAACCCUGAAGAAGGCUUAGAGGAUUGGCAACAUGUCUCUUUGUAUUCUCGUGUAUGCGCUGCUCGUGGUGCCUUGACUUUAGCCCCGCCAUGGCUAGCUCGGGCCCACGUUGGA